AUGUUCGUCGUUCUUCUGAAAACACCUGCCCAUGUUGCGAUUCUCAUCAAUGGUCGUGCCGUGAACAAGGAUUCACUGAUGUCACUUUUGAAUGUGUGUCUUGGUGCCAACAUUCGUCGGCUGACAAUCUAUGAUCCAUUCACUGACUAUUCACCAUUAGCUGAUGAUCUCAGGAUUUUCUGCAAAUCCAAGCGGAUAAAAAUGAUCGCAGGAUGUACGACUCCAGCUAUGGACCUUUCUUGUUAUCGAUUGAUUGUCCAUUUACUUUCUGCUGAUUCAGGACGAGGGACGCUUGUUGAAGCUUGUCGAGAUCUCUCUUCUUCCUACACUCCAAUAUCCGUUGCCGAUGUUUCGUCUCACCUAGCCAAACGAUACUCUCUUUAUGAGCCUGAAGUCUUGAUACAGGUUGGCAAGCAUUCCAUCGUUGUCCGGCUAUCCUCCAUGGUGUCUACGGGUAACAGAGAUCGUUCCUGUACGCACGUUACCUUGCACUCGAUACGCUUUCGAAGAAUGUUUAGAAGUUUACAGCAAACGGGAUAUUCGGUUAGGGAAGUAGAAAAGCAUAUAUUUCUAUCCCUUACUGAACCAAUUCUAUACGAAGUGAUACUUGCCCUAAAAUGA